AUGUUGUCCUCCAUUGUCCCCUCUCAUGAACCUCCUGCCAGCGCAAGAGGCAGAGCCAGGCAACCCUCACUUGCCACUACUGCGUCUCCCUACGUGGUGGAAGACUGCCUCGGCUUGCUGCAGGUGCUCAGCGACGGCACCGUCCUCCGCUUCCCGCCGCCGCCUUUCCCCGCCGGCGACGGCUGCGACGAUGGCCGGGUGGAGUGGCGGGACGCCGUGUACGACGCCGGCAACAACCUCGGCGUGCGAAUGUACCGGCCUCGCCGCCGCGUAGCGGCUGAUAAUAAGGGGGCAGCGGGGCACAAGAUGAAGACGAAGCUGCCCGUGCUCGUGUACUUCCCCGGCGGGGGCUUCUGCUUCGGCUCCUACUCCUACCCCAAGAACCACGCCCUGUGCCUCCGCAUGGCCGCCGAGCUCCCCGCCGUGGUGUGCUCCUUCGACCACCGCCUCGCGCCGGAGCACCGCCUCCCCGCCGCCUUCGAGGACGCCGCGGCCGCGCUCCUCUGGCUGCCCGGCCAGGUCCUCCGCAGCCCUUGGCUCGCCGGCAGGGCCGACCCGCGCCGGGUGUUCGUGUCGGGCACGUCCUCCGGCGCCUGCGUCGCGCACCAGAUGGCGGUCCGGUUCGGCACCGCGGGGCUCCACCCCCUCAAGGUCGCUGGGUACAUCCUCUUGAUGCCCUACUUCCUGUCGGAGGAACCGACCCCGUCGGAGCUGAGCGCGCCGGCGACCGCCUUGCUGAGCCGGGAGAGGAGCGACAGGUACGUCCGCCUGGCGAUGCCGGCGGGGUGGGACAAGGAUCACCCGCUGGUGAACCCGUUCGGGCCGUACAGCCCUAGCCUGGCGGCGGCCGACUUCGGGCGCGUGCUCGUCGUCGCGGCGGAACGCGACCUGGUCAGGGACAAAAACCUCGAGUACGCUGAGAGGAUGAAGGCGUUGGGGAAGGACGUGCGUCUGGCCUUGUUCCCAGGGCAAGAGCACGCCUUCUGCGCAAUCAAACCACUCUCGGCGGCCGCCGAUGAGGUCAUACGCCUCAUCAAACGCUUCAUUUAGAGAUGAAUUCGCGAAGCGA